GUGGAGCGGGUCCCGCCGCCUCCGGUCACCCGAACACGCCAGUGGUCAGGUCAGCGAGAGGUGCCGCCCGCGACGCAGGCCACGCUGGAAGGGUGCGUGGGUGACGGCCGACAGUUGCGGACGAGCAACGCCAGUGGUGAUUCGGUGUGACCUGAGAGUCGGAGUCGGAGUUUCAGAGCCGUUGAGCUGACAGUGGCGAGUCGUGAAUGUUCGAAGUGAGAGCUACGAGGACAGGAGCUUUUUGUGACGUUGGGGUGAGCUAAUCAUCAAAUGCGUGGCGUUCGCAAAGAUCAGUGACUUACCUACUGGAUCUAGUGUAAAGAUCACGGGAGGAUAGUGGUGAAAAGGCACCGGGGACUGACAGGUGUAUCAAGGGAUGAUCUUAUCGUCAUCGCCUGUUAAAAACUAUUGACUUUGGAAGGCUGUGAGCGUCUUCAAGUAGCGUCUUCCCACACACAUCUGGACAAAGCAAGAAGAGCGACCAUUCUCAGCGGGAGGCGAGGGGUGGGAGAGAAGGCAUCUUCGAGUCCUGAUAAAACUUGGGACUCACGGAGUUCGAGACUCACGGAGUUUGGGGCUCACGGAGAUAGAGGUUCACAGAGUUUGGGACUCACGGAAGCUGGUGACGCUGUGAGUUCGGGACUCACGGAGUUCGAGACUCACGGAGUUCAAACUCACGGCGUUCGGGACUCACGGUGUACGACUCACAGCGUUCGGGACUCACGGAGCUCGGACUCACGGCGUUCGGGACUCACGGAGGAGUGCCGACGGGGGCCGAUGGGCCGUCAGCGAUGGCCGGCGGCAGAGUCCUGCUCACCGGCCUCGCCCUCCUGUUCGGGUCGACACCGGCACUCGGCAGCGGCAUCGGGUUGAGCUCACCAAGACCUCUGGCGUUACACGAUCCAGAUAAGAUAUUUUCAUCCAAAAAGCAAAAGAAAAUGUGCGAAAGAAUGCCGGGAAUGAAGGAGGUGCUGCUGCAGGCCGUCCAGCUGAGCGUCCUCUCCUGUACCGAACAGCUGGCUGACCAGCGGUGGAACUGCUCCCUGGGUGCCAGCCGCAUACGCAUCCUUCACAAAGCCUUCAAGGAGACGGCGUUCCUGUACGCCAUCACUGCAGCGGCCAUCGCGCACACGACAGCUCGCGCCUGCGCGGCCGGUCACCUGACGGCAUGCUCCUGUGACCUGGCAUACCCUCGGGGCUCGUCUCCGGCCGCCGAGAGAUGGCGCUGGGGCGGCUGCAGCCACAACGUCCGCUUCGCCGGCCAGUUCACCCGCCGGCUGCUGAGGAAAAGGGGCAGGAGCGAAGAGCGACGACCGGCGCUGCUCGUCCACAAACACAACUGGAAGGUCGGGAUCAAGGCCCUGCUGGGGGAGAUCACCCCUCGCUGUAAGUGUCACGGCGUGUCCGGCACCUGCCAGCUGCAGACCUGCUGGAAACAGGUGGGGCCCUUCGAGCGCACCGGCGCGGUCAUCAAGGAGAAAUACCUGACGGCGGUGCUCAGCGCGCCGCAGCUGGCCGCCGACGCGCGACGGCCCGUCGGGGACGUCAGCGUGCGCACCAACACCAUCAUCAGUCGCCGGCGCCGACGGGGCCGCCGGCGCCGGCGGCCGCCCUCAGUGGGGCCCAGCAGGAAGCUGGUCUACACGGACAAGUCGCCCAGCUUCUGCGAGCGGGACGCGUACGGCCCGGGCACGGUGGGCCGCCGGUGUCAGCUGGGCGGCCACUGCGCCGUCCUCUGCUGCGGCAGGGGCUACAACACCCAGCUGAGCUCGCUGGUCACCUCCUGCAACUGCCGCGUGCUCUGGGAGCAGCGCUCCGUCCGAGUGGACUGUCAGAGCUGCACCAACGUUACAGAGGUCUACACCUGUAAAUAGACGCCAGACACUGAGAUAUACACACAUAAAUAGACAUUACAGAGGCCUGCACGUGUUCACACACUUCGCAGAGGUCUACACGUGCAAAUAGACCUCACAGAGGUCUGCGUGUGUAAGAGCAACACAGGUCUCUACGUGCAAAUAGACACGGGCGCCGGUGAGGCGGUGAUUGGCUGGCUCAGCGUGUAAAUGACUAGCGCCAAGGGCGCUCUGCCUUGGGCGCGUGAAGACGUGUAAAUAUAGACGGGUGUUAUCGCUGUCGCCCAGGUCGGUAUGGUGCCCGCGCGCCGAUUGGGGUCGGACUAUUGUAGCCUUAAGUCGAUGCGUGGCUCGGCAACAGUUGUGAAGCAUGUAGAGCAAGAAUUGAGCGGUGAAUUAGAUCCAGGAUCCAAGAUCCACGAGCUGACUUUGAAUAGCGCUGAAUAUGAGUUAGCGUAGGUCAUCAUGCUCUUAUUACUAUCACUUUGCGAUAAACUGCUUUCCUGAUGUUCAGCUUAUUUCUAAAGCUGCUAUUUAUUACAGCAAAAGAAAAAGUUUUUUUUUUACCUUGCACAUAGUCACUACCGAAGGUAUAUCCAUGAAUAGGAUUUUUGUUUUUGAUUUUGAAUGAGAUUCAUGUGUUAAACUGACUGUACAGCCUUUGUAAUUGAUAUAGACGGAUCGCUUAUUGGUCUGACCGUUUGGGAUUGGCGGUGGUCGGUACCGAUCACUCCGAUGCUACUGGCGUGCUGUGAACUGUUGAGGGCAGCUGAAAUCCUGUGUAGCUAAGGUGGGAGGGCUGUGCUGUGAGCGUAUUUUUGUGCGAUAGUUCAUCUCUCCCGGUGACAUGUAGUGCUUGUUCCUUUACCGUAUUGUAUCGGCUAGUUAUGCACCUUGUACUUAUAACUUAUUUGGAAGGCCGAAACGAAGUCUUCCCGAUGAUCAAAUAAAUUUGGCGAAGGCUUUGAACAUUCGACGACACAGUUCACUUUGUUCUCUACGCAAAGACUGGAAUGGUGAAGGCAUUCGUCCAGAUAUCGUCAUACAGUUGUGCAGCGAGUUUUAAUUCACACCAUGCGCGCCAUUAUUGUGCACACAGCAGUUAAAACGUAGUGUACAGAGCUUUCGCGAGACCAUUUGGGACUAACAUUAGGCACUAGUGCGGCAGUGCUUGGGUGUAGCGUCUGCUCUUUUUCUGACAGUGUGAGAGUUGCCAAAGCGAUGUGAUCUCUGCCUGUGAUGUAGGUCGUGUCUGGUGACGAUUGUUUCGCUCGUAGGCUUAUCUCUACGCCAGCUCUUCGCUUUCACUUAUUAUAAACGAGAAGCAUCGAACCCCCUCAUUUUGUAGGACCUACUAUGGCGGCGAAGAAUUGAUCAUAGGCAGGCUGCAGAGCAGUUUACUAACUCUCUGCCUGAGAUUCUGAUUUUACGAGUGUUAUGUGCCUAUAGGUAAAAGCUAGCUGACAGCAAUUAAAGUUCUUCCUUCAGGUAAUGCUUGGUAAUCCGAUGCACUUGUCACCUGUUUAUGAUUUUCAGAUUAAAUAAAUGUGAACAUUCGGAA